GAUAAAGGGGGACACCACCGCCGUCAAGAGCUCGCAGUGCCACGUCAAAAAUGUCGGACCCUGCACAGUAGAAACCCAGCUGUUGACUUCUCCGCAUCUCUCUCUCCCUGUCUGUCUCGUACCUCACUUUGGCAAACGACAAACAACCUUGUACACAUGUCCCGUUUUGCUCAAAUCCUCGUUGGUCAGUGUCCCACUGCGUAAUUUAAAUGUGCUUAAUCUCCAGGAUUAUAUAUAUGAGUAAAUCCAAUGGCUCACUCUGUCUCCAAGUGAACGAUCAGAGUUUCAUCCGCUGCAGUGUUCGUUAUAAAGUUGAAAACGUAAUUGGUCUUUUCCUGCCCAAGCCACUAUUUCACUAAUUCCUAAUUCAAAUAAUCAACAGCCUCGUCAUAAUUGAUCCUUGCUGGAAGGAACACCAUGUUCCAGUUUCAGAUAAAACCAAUGUCACCUUCUACCUUAAUCAUCUAUCAUCCACUAAUUCCAUAUUGUUGUAUUUAUCAUAAUAAUUGCUAAAUAAAAUAAAGUAAUUUAAACUAAUGAUUUCAUUUGAUGGACAUAAGUAAACUAGUAAAGUAUGAAAAUUACUUGUACAAAUACGUAUGGCAAGUUGACACCCAAACCACAAAAGUUGUUCGUGACAACUGAUAAUAAUCCCGGUCACCAGUUCAAAAAAACAGAUUCCAAAUGUGUGAAACCUGAAAAGUGAAAACAACAUUUAUUUUUCUGAGACGCAAGUAAUAUGAACCAUUACUAUUAACGCCGACAUUAAAAAAAAAAAGGAGGUAACAUAAGCAGGGCAGUAUGGUAAUUGCCUGCAUAGCAGUUACUAAAGUAUAUGAGGCAGUUACAACUUACAAGAGUGUGAUUGUGAGUGGAAGCUAAAAAUGUUGGUGGUGGUGGUGGUGGUGGUAUUAGCGUUGCGUGGUGCUUCUGGUGCGGUGGCAGAGACGGGAAUAGGGGUGAACUGGGGGACGGUGUCGUUCCGGAAGCUAAAGCCGACGACGGUGGUUGAUCUGCUGAAGGAUAACAAGAUUGGGAAGGUGAAGUUGUUCGAGGCAGAGGAGGACGUGUUGAAGGCACUGAUGGGGAGUGGGAUUGAGAUCAUGCUUGGCAUCCCUAACGAGCAUCUCUCUCUCUUGAGCUCAUCUCCUUCAGCUGCAGACAUGUGGAUUCAGAAGAAUGUUUCUGCUUAUAUGUCCAAGCAUGGCGCUCUUAUCAGGUAUAUUGCUGUUGGAAAUGAGCCAUUCCUGACGAGUUAUAAUGGUGAAUUUCAGAAUUUUGUGAUUCCGGCAAUACAGAAUCUACAAGAGUCCUUAGUGAAAGCAAAUCUAGCUGGCUCUGUAAAACUAGUUGUGCCAUGCAAUGCAGAUGCCUAUGAGUCCACGGUUCCAUCCCAAGGUGCAUUCAGGCCAGAACUGACCCAAAUAAUGACUCAGCUGGUUCAGUUCCUCAACUCAAAUGGAGCCCCAUUCAUUGUUAAUAUAUAUCCAUUUCUCAGCCUCUAUGACAAUGGAGAGUUCCCUCAAGACUAUGCAUUCUUUGAGGGAACAACUCAUCCUGUCAUAGAUGGCCCCAAUGUUUACACCAAUGCCUUUGAUGGCAACUAUGACACUUUGGUUGCAGCUCUCAGUAAACUUGGGUAUGGCCAGAUGCCUAUAGUCAUUGGAGAAAUCGGAUGGCCCUCUGAUGGAGCCAUGGGUGCGAAUAUCACUGCAGCAAGGGUCUUCAAUCAAGGCCUAGUCAAUCAUGUCCUAAGCAACAAAGGGACACCGUUGAGGCUGAAUUCACCGCCUAUGGAUAUUUAUAUCUUUAGCCUGCUGGAUGAAGGAGCAAAGAGCAUACUUCCAGGAAGCUUUGAGAGACACUGGGGGAUAUUCUCUUUUGAUGGAAAAGCUAAAUAUCCAUUGAACCUUGGCCUUGGAAACAAGGAGUUGAAGAAUGCAAAGAAUGUUGAGUACCUACCUUCAAGAUGGUGUGUGGCAAGCCCUUCCAGUGAUAUGAAUAAUGUGGCAAACCAUGUCAGAAUGGCAUGCAGUGUUGCAGACUGCACUACUCUAAACUAUGGAGGUUCUUGUAAUGGAAUUGGAGAGAAGGGUAACAUUUCAUACGCCUUCAAUAGUUACUAUCAGCUGCAAAUGCAAGAUGCAAGAAGCUGCAACUUUGAUGGUUUUGGUAUGGUUACUUCUAGAGACCCUUCAGUUGGGGCUUGUCGUUUUAUUUUGGGAGUUAAGGAUAAAGAUUCUGAUUCAUCUGCUUCUCAGAUAACAACAACAUAUAAAUAUCAUCUCUGCAUUCUGCUGGUAAUUUUAAUUAUCUAAUGGAUUUUUUAAGUCUCUGUGUGAAUUUAAACAAUUUAUCAAUUUAGAGGUUUCAUGAGCGGGUUUUGAUGGAUGAUGGAUCUAGAAGUAAAAGUAGAAUAGCUGAUGUAGUUUGUGUAAGCAAUUAGAAACAUACCAAACAGCAUUAUUGAUCUGCAGCUCACCAUAUAUAAUUCACUUAAUGUAUAUCAUAGUACAAGAGAUGGAACAAACACUGACGUAUUCAAUAUUAAACGAUUCAUAAUUGAUGCUUGUUCUAGUGGCUUUUGUUUCAUGAUUGAAAAGAACAAAUCACACUAAUAGUUUUAUUAUUGUUCAACUUGGUUGGAAGGGUGGAGCCUCUGAUUUUUCUCAAAAAUUUAUUGGAAGCCAAAUGUUAUAUUGCAGACUUUGCAGUAUGAAGAUACUACUGUAUGUUUUAACGUGUCUGAACUUUCUCAUGAUUCACAAGAUCCACAAGUACUAACAUUCCAGCAUGUAUUUAGAUGCCAAUGCCAUGGAACAGCACCAAAACCAUUUCUCUCUUUCUAGUCUCUAUGUAGCAUUUACCGUUACGCGUUAAAUUUAUCUAAUACUGUUAAUGAAGUUGUAGACAUGAAUAAAAAACACUUCUGACAACCAGUGAUUUUAGGCACUCAGUUUUUUGUUUGAAUUAAUUUCUCAAACCCAUACCCAUUCAAAAAUUAUAAUUACAAUAAAACAUACAUCGUUGACUCUGAUAAUUUAUCGCCAACCUUGAAGAAAAUAAUGGCAAAAAGCGAAAGAAAAGUGAUAGAAG